AUGGUUGGAAAGGCCAUCUACAACGUUUUCUUUCACCCCCUGCGUGCCUUUCCUGGUCCCAUCUCUCAUGCCAUCUCUCCCCUACCAUACUGCUAUCGGUUGCUGCGGGGUAGCCUUCCUUUGGAUAUGCUAGCUUUGCAUGAGAAGUAUGGGGAUGUGGUUCGUAUUGCACCGGGGGAGUUGGCCUUUGCCCACGUAGACGCCUGGAAGGACAUUCAUGGCCACCCGGCCAAUGGCGGCGAGGAGUGCGGGAAAUUGAUGAGCUUUUACAAAUAUGCCGAUGGCACACCCACCAGCAUUGCAAAUGCGGAUCGCGAGGAGCAUGGUCUUCUUCGACGGCAACUGUCUCAUGGUUUCUCCGAGCGGGCCAUGCGGGCGCAAGAGCCCCUCAUUACUCAGUAUGUCGACCUGCUCAUUCGACGACUGCAUGAGAAGUGUGCCGCCGGCACCGAGCCCUUGGACAUGGUAUCCUGGUACAACUUCACCACGUUCGAUAUCAUUGGUGAUUUGGCCUUCGGGAAACCGUUCGGCUCCUUGGAGAACUCGGUGUAUCAUCCGUUUAUCCCCCUUCUUCUCGAGUCGGCCAAGGCUGGGACGCUGAUGCUGAGCCUGAGUUUCUUUCCAUUUCUGAAGAAAAUAUUCUUGGCUCUGGUACCAAAGUCAGUAGUCAAAGCAUUUCAGGAACAUCGAGAUGUCUCGGUCGCCAAAUUACGUGAGCGCAUGCAGGCAGGGAAUGAGCGCGAUGAUUUAAUCGAGGGACUCUUGAGGAAGAAAGACGAGCUGGAUCUCGACAUGGACCGUCUUCAAGCGAACGGUACCAUUCUUCUCAUCGGGGGCUCCGAGACCACGGCAACUCUGCUCUCUGGCAUCACCUAUCUGCUUCUGCAGAACCCCAAGGUAUUGACGCGCCUGACGGACGAAGUUCGCACGACGUUUCAAAACGAACAGGAGAUCAACAUCGAUUCUGUCAACGGCUUAACCUACAUGCUGGCCUGCCUCAACGAGGCCCUGCGCUCUUAUCCGCCCAUCCCCAUUGGAUUGCCUCGAGUGGUGCCCAAGAGUGGACGGUACAUUCUCGGGCAGUAUGUUACCCCCGAUACGAUUGUCGCCAUCCAUCAUUGGGCCACGUACCACACCCAGAAAUACUUUACUGAUCCGUUCGGCUUCCACCCCGAACGAUUCCUUGGAGAUGAGCGAUUCGCCAAUGACAAUUUUGACAUCCUGCAGCCGUUUAAUGUGGGACCUCGAAAUUGUCUGGGGCGCAAUCUGGCAUAUGCGGAGAUGCGGUUGAUUCUGGCACGUUUAAUCUAUAAUUUCGACAUGAAACUCUCAACCGACAGUGUCGGAUGGAUGGAACGACAAAAGAUCUUCUUCUUGUGGAACAAGCCACCGCUACAUGUGUAUCUAACACCAGUGCAACGAUCAUGA